CUUGCUCCGUCUUUUUUGACAAUUAUCUCUGGAUUUAGAUAUUUCUUGUAUAUAAAAUUUGUACAGUGGAUUUAAAAAGUGAAUAUCAACUAUAUGUUGGAUUAUCAGAUUGGAAUUUGUUCGUAAAAACGUGAUUUGUGUCAUAUUUUUGUGUGAACAAGCAUUGUGAACUACAGGUGAGUAAAGCUCACUCACUCUCGGACAGUUCUCCCGUGUAUAACGUAUACAAUGGAAAACACAAAAAUGAUCAAACCUGUAUACUUAAGAAACAGGGAUAUUCAAACCGAUAAAAGCAAUCCUAUUUCUGAUUAUAUCCUUGCUUGCGCAGUUGGCACUGUUGUCUCUGAUAUUAAAUGCAUCCAAAGAGAUAGGGACUUAUGGAGAAUAUAUGUAGAAUCGCGAGAAAGUUGCAAUCUGCUUAUCUCCGAGGGUUUUGAGCUUCAAAAUAAAACAGUGGCUGUUUUUGAUAACAAUCCAUUCUCCGCAGGGACCGAGAAACCCAGCGAGGAUGUUGUGAGGAUAACGGUCCGUGGGAUACCCCUAUCUGUGGAUGACACGUGUAUCAAAAACAUGCUGGAAAAGUUAGGUGCAAUACUUACAUCAGACAUUAAAUAUGAAAAAAUCCGUAACCCUAACACUUUCAAAAUGACAGAAAUAUUAAAUGGAAAUCGUUUUGUAUAUAUGAAACCAAUGGAACAAGGCAAAUUUCUACCGAAAAGCAGCGAAUGCGCAGGGCUUAAAUGCUCAAUCUUCCAUAAGGGGCAACCUACUACCAAGAGAAGCAUUUUGUGUACCAAUUGCUGGGGAGAUGACCACUUGAGGUUUAAUUGUGAAUAUGAGACAUGUUGCAAAGUUUGCAAAAAUCCAGGCCAUUCCCCAGGGGACAAAGCAUGUUCCAAGUACGACCCUUCCCCUAAGGACAUAAUUGCCUUCAGUGGUAAGGAUGAUGUGAUGUCCAACUUCUACCCAUGUGAUAUCAAGAUUUUUGGUAUUUCGCAUGCCUCCGCUGAGCAUGCCUUCCAGUACAGCAAGGCCAUGCGAUCUGGGGAUCUCAUAAGGGCGUCGUCUGUCCGUAACGCCGCCACCGCACUCGAAGCUAAACGCAUAGGCGCCCAAGUCACCGUUCCGGAUCACUGGAUACAACAACGCGAAGACAUUAUGCGCAAGGUAUUAGAGGCCAAAUUCGAUCAAGUGAUUGAAUUCAGAGACAAGAUCUCUGCAACUGGGUCAUCCACUUUACUCGUGGAAGCCGCUUUUGACGACUACUGGGGAUCCGGGCUCGACAAAAAAGGCACAAUGUACACCGGGAUGAAGGCGUGGCCAGGCAAAAACACCAUGGGCCAAAUACUUACCGACAUUGGCCGAUCACGACGUCCGAAUGCACCGCAGCGGAAACAGUCGGACGAAAAUCAUCCAUCAUAUUAUAUUUGUUUAAAUGAGAUAGUCUUUUCGUUAUAUACGUAUAUUUUUAUAUUUUCUAUAAUAUGUAUUUCGAAUAUACUUAAAAUGUCAAACAUACAUUAUAUAUUUUUCUUUCUGUUCUAUUGUUACUAUUAUAAAUACUUAAAUGUGUCAUCCUGCGAGAUGAUUUAGAAAAACUACUAUUUCUGUGUAUUAUUAAUAUUUUUCUUUAUAUGCUUGUAUUAAUGACAUAACUCAAACUGAAUAUAUACAUAUAUAAUAUUGAUAUUAAUUAUAACUUAUCGGAUCCAGGGGGCCCCUGGCACCCCAGGUGACGAUAUACCUGAGGGUCUCUGCGGAGAUGUUGCCUCGCUUGUAAUGUAAU